AAACCAGAAAAGUGAUAACAACAAAAGAGAAACAAAUUAGAAUUAUUUACAUUCCAAUUAAAACUACACAUUCCAAGUGCAUUAACUACAACAAAAAUACUGAAAGAAAUAUCAUAUUUCCGUUGUGUAACAAUCCCCAUUUCAAAUUCACAAUGAAUGUCUCAAACGACAAUCGCUAUGCGAUCACAUUAACGGAGGUAACGGCAGAAAGCCACGCAGGGAAGAAAAAAAUUCCGACAGCAACAAUACUCAAAAUCCAAGAUGCCGAAGACUCUGGUUCCCUGAAAUUUGUCGUAGUAACAGAUUUCGAAAGAAAAUUCUUCAAAACACCACACACAUACAGCCGUUCGAAUAUCGAUGGACUGUUAUUUCUCACGCCGGACGUCUACAAAUUCGCUAUAGCUGUAAAGGAUUCCGCAGCGAGGAUAAAGUUUUGCCAAUCAGACGAGCAACAAAAGUUUGUAUUUGAACUGGAACUGAACAGUCCCGUCCAAAUUCCUUACGCAUCUUUCGCAAUGAAUGAUGGAUCGUUUCGACGCGGAUUUGUAAAGCACAUCGGAUGUUUGAGCGAUGUGGGGCCUGGCUACCAUUUCGUUGUUACUUUGAUGAAACGGGACUGGACCUAUAUUCCCAAUACGAACAAAUUUAUCGCAGCACUCGAUACCCUCGACAUAGAUAAGAGUCAGUCUGUCAUUUUAUCAGCUGAUUACAUCUUGAGAGACGAUGCCAAAACAUGUCCUGACGUAGAAUUGUUUCAUUUGUACCGCGGAAAGUAUUAUGAAAGUGGCAUGAGAAUGAAUCGACACUCUGAACUCAACGAAAAAGUAACAAAGUCGCAAGCGAUCGUCAAAAGAAAUUCGUCGAACGUCGUAUUCGACACGCUGAACAACAAAAACACCGUCAAACCGGAGAAGCCAUUCAAUGUGAAUGGCAAAGAUAUUUAUGUGAUCGAUGCCCAAUCGGAUACGGACAAUGCCGACGUGCAAAUUGUCCAAAACACCCGGUAUGAAGAUCGAUCGGCCGUUCUGCUGACAACUAAGUGGCCGGAAUGCGCUGGACCGCAAUUCGAAAUGUUGAAUGGGAAAAGUGAAGAGGCGGCAAGUAGCAGCAGCAGUAGUAGUUACGCCAAACAAGUACGGUCAAGUUCGAGAAGCAAGUCGUCGAAUCCUUUGGAUCAUCUUAAUCAGGAUUCCAGAAAUGCAAACAAAGACACUUCUUCUCAGAGUAGUGCGUCUCACUAUUCGUUGCGUAAACAGCCACGGCAGUCUGUCUGUUACAACGAUGUUGCAAUUGAUGCUGGAGAAUGUUUUGAAGAGUUCAGUAAAAUUCCUGGGUCAACGCUUGGAAUAGACGCAAUGGUAACGGUCGAAACGGGCACAUGUCAGCCGUUGAACGGAGUGAUCCGUGCAAUAUUCAAAAUGGGAUCGACUAUAAUGGUUGGAGUGGAAAUAGAAGAAUUUAUAUCGUACGCUCCGUUGAAUUUAACCAAUGGCACAUUUUCCGGUCAUCGUUUCUUCCAAUGCCAGAAUGGCAAAGCCCUGUUCAUCGAAGCCGAUUGCUGUCACAAGGACAACCGAUUUGCGGACGAUCUGGUUGCUGAGAAUAAAGUGUUCGGUCACCCAGAAUCACCCAUUGUCAGGGAAAAUGUUCCGCCACUAAGCUUGAAGAAUCUACAAGAAUUGGAGGACAUCAUUGGCGAAAGUAAGGGCAUACAGGGACAUAACAAUUCGUGCUAUUUGGAUGCCACUUUGUUCUCAAUGUUCACAUUUGCGCAAUGCUUUGACUCUCUUCUGUAUCGCAGCGCUGAACCGAAGGACAUCAAGCACUACGAUAAAGUUCGGGCUAUCCUUCGAGACGAGAUCGUGCAUCCGCUUCGAAAACACCAUUUCGUUCGUGCCGACAGAGUGUUGAAACUACGUGAGUUAUUGGAAGAGAUCAGCACAAUGACAGGAUUGACUAAUGAAGAAAAGGACCCGGAGGAAUUUAUGAAUAUCUUGAUUGCACAGACACUGAAAGCCGACCCAUACUUGAAGUUCAAUUCCGGACAGGACGCUUUCUACUACCAGCUGUUCGUGGAGAAAAACGAGGAUUUAAAAUUGCCGAAUGUUCAGCAGCUCUUCGAACAGAGUUUCAAAACGUCAAACAUAAAAUUACGCGAAGUUCCGCCGUGUCUGAUUAUACAAAUGCCCCGGUUCGGAAAGAACUACAAAAUGUAUCCGCGCAUUGUACCGUCACAGGUGCUGGACAUCACCGACGUUGUGGAGGGUCAACCACCUGCAUGUAACGCUGACGGACGUCUCGCCACUGUAAAAUGCCUUGAUUGCAAUGAAGACUAUUGCGGCGAUUGCUUCCCCAAAGUGCAUUGCCAUCAAAAACAAAACCACGAAAAGAUCGACAUCCAGUCCGACUUUCCAACACUACGUGACCACCAAACGGUGCCCAGGAUACAUAUGGAUCUGUUUGCCGUCGUUUGCAUCGAAACAUCACAUUACGUUUCAUUCGUCAAGGCCGGCGAACUACCGGAUGCGCCGUGGCUAUUUUUCGAUUCUAUGUCGGACCGUCGAGGCGGCCAAAAUGGUUACAACAUUCCAUCGAUGGUCUCUGUGCCCGCUUUACCGGAGUGGCUGUCGGAAGAAGGUGCUCGAAAAUUGCAUGACUCAACGCCAAAGGAUAAACUUUUACCGCCGUUUGCUAAGCGACUACUUUGCGAUGCAUAUAUGUGCAUGUAUGUCAGUCGCGACGUAUCGAUGUACAAAUGAGAAAGGCACCAAAAUGUUGAAAUUACAUUAAGUUAUACUUAUACUUAGAAACACACAAUUUUGAGUGAAACAUUCUCAAUAAAGAUGAGUUCAUGAAAUGGAA